AUAUUUUCAUUAAACAUAUAAAGCUAAUAUUUAGAAACAUAUACAUUUUUGUAAUAUUUAUUUUAUAUAUAUAUAACUUAUCUGGUUUCAACGUGUCAGCUUAGGUGUCAAUCAAUUUCAAGUUGAGGGUAUAUUUGACUUUCACUAUUAAGUUUACGUGUCUUUUAUCCUUCGCCUAAAUAGACACGUAUCACUCCCUUUCUACAUCUUCCACUCCAGUACUUCUCUGUUCGGCUUUUUCAUGCUCUUUCUCUGCUGAUUUGUAUAUUGAAUUCUGAGUAAUAAUAAUAGAAAGGAACUGCAAAUUUUUCUUAUACAGAAGCCGGACACGGAUUUUGUGGGAAGAAGUAGGGUUCUGAAAAGAGAGCAACGAUGAUGGUGAUAGGCUGAUUUUAUCAGUUUAAGCCUGUAAGCAUUUUCCCACAAUAAUCUACAAGAAAAUAUGUGUCGAUUGUAUUAAUUUCUGUGCGAAGUCUGCUCGAUCCUCAUUUUGAGCAUUGAAAAAUGCUUUCCCCCUCUCUUGUGAUCGUCAUGAAAGAGUUUUGUUUGAAUUAUUAGAGUUUAGGAAGUGGUUCGUUGUGCUAUUUAUUCAGUCUUAGAAUAUCAAUUAGUCAAACUGAAAUUAAGUAGAAAUUAGAAGAUAUGCUUUGGGCCAUUUUUUGAUUGGGGAUUUAUGAAGAGAAUCUGGGCUUCUUCCUUUUUUUUUUUUAGAUUUAAAAAAAAUAAGAUAAUCUGAUGUUGGAAUUAUUUGUCUGCCCCUAACUUGGAUUAGUACUUAUUUUGCUCUGAGCAAGGACAUAAACUAUAUAUGGUGAAAUUGUUUCAGUUUUUGUUUCAUUCAGUAUCCUAUUUUGUCACUCAUGAGUAUUACUAUUGUCCAGAGAAAAUUGGCGUUGCAAGGAGGAGGGAGUUCCGCAAUCGGUGAUAGGAGGAAAGUAAACAAGAAUGAUAGUGGUUGUAAGGUGGGAGGUCAUCCUUUGCGAUGCCUCCUGGAUUUAAUAACUUGAAAAAAGCUAAGAGCGAGAACGAGACGGAUAAAUUGCAAGGUUUAAUGGAAUGGGGCGGUGAUGGGCUCAUCGGUUUGCCAAGACUAGGACUGGGUAGUAAAAAGAAGAGCAUUGCUAAGAUGUUCCAGGCAAGGCAAAUGAACAGGAAGUUGAUGAAAGCAAUGAAGACCUUUACUUUAGAAUAUUUAUUCAUUGUUUUUGGACCUUUUAGAUGUUCUGUGAAACUUUUACUUCGGAAAAUUUUGUAGACUUACACUAUGUUAACUCUUGAAUUGUCAAACAAUAUUGUAUAUUUUACUUUUACAUGUGAAUAAUACUAAUCGGAUGAUUUGGAUUAUGACUUUGUUGA